AUGCUCAACACUCAGGCUUUACGAUCAUUUUGCACAUCAAAUUUCGCUUCAAAUUUCUGUUUAAUCAACAUUAUUUACAGAUCGAUUCAAUCUUCUGAUCAUGUGCAGCAAAAAGUUAUUUCCAUAACCAAACCUGUACUGGUAAAUGCAGUUCAUUCUCUGUUCUCAGAAGAUUUCCACCGGAAAAAAGUUCUCAACGUGGCCGAUCUCGGUUGCGCGGCCGGUCCGAACACGUUCUCCGUCAUUUUAACCGUCAAAGAAAGCUUGGAGGCGAAAUGCAAGGAUUUAAAUUGCCAACCACCGGAGCUUGAGGUUUACUUGAACGAUCUUCCCAAUAAUGAUUUCAAUUUGCUCUUCAAAGACUUGUCUAGACUCGGUGAAGAUCAAAAGAGUGAUGUUCUUCUUCCAUGUUUUGUGAUGGGAGCUCCUGGUUCUUUCUAUGGCCGUCUCAUUCCUCGUAGCUGGUUGCAUCUUGUUCAUUCCUCCUCCAGUGUCCACUGGCUCUCUCAGUUUUGCAUGAAUCUUCGUACUCUUUUUAAAACAAGAAAUCCGAAGUAG